AUGACUUCUAAAAAUGUGAUUGCGGAUCUCACUAAAUGUGAAAAGUUGAAUGAGAGCAAUUUUCCUAUAUGGCAUCGAAAAAUGCAAUACCUUCUAAAUGAGCAAUGUACACUUGAACACUUGACUACCAUUAAGCAAAAACCUGAACAACGUACCGCUGAAGAACUUGUCUAUGAAUAUGAGGCAUGGGACCAUACUGACUGUAGCACUCGCUUUACUUUGCUAAGUGCUAUGUUGAUGACCUCAUUCAUGAAUUCGAUGGAUUCACCACUGCAAAGGACAUGUGGGAUGCGCUUCAGCAGAAAUCUAAUUACCCAAUCCAACAGGCCUCGAGGCCAUAAACCUCGAGGUAAGUUUAGAAAUGGGACACAUCAAAGGAAUGAGCAACCUAAGAAAGAGGUUGAGGAAAAGAAAAAGGCCAGACAUAAACGCAGGAGACGUAUGAAGGACAAAUCCAAAAUAACUUGCUACAAUUGCGAGAAGAAUGGCCACUAUGCACGUGAAUGUCCCGAACCUAGAAAGAUGCAAAUUAAAUCCCCUGGUUAUGCAAAUGUUUCCACUCAAGUGCUUGUUGCUCAUUCACAAUUUAUUAGGUGGAUUGUGGAUUCAGGAGCGAUAAGGCAUAUAACAAGGGAUCGAGAAAGGUUCGUUGAGCUCCAAACUUUGGCAGUUGGAAGUCAGAAGAUCUUCAUGGGGAAUUGCACAUCAAAUGAUGUGCUAGGGGCUGAAACUUACGAACUCCGAUUCCAAAGUGGACGGCCCUUCUUCUCCAUGACGUCCUUUAUGCUCCCAGAAUGA